CGAUAAAAUGGACAAAAAAGUUUGUGUGAUGAUCUUCAUCUUGUAUGAAAUCAUUAAGGCGAUAUAUGGAGACAUCGUACAAUUGCACCCGGUUGUAUCUGUGCAUGAAGGAGAUCGUGUGGUUUUGUCCUGCUUCAUUAAAUCAAAACAAAUAAGUACGGCGUUGUGGUACAAGCAAGUCACUGGAGGAGAACCGCGUCUCAUUGCUUCCUCACUUCUCCGUUUGUCAAAAAUCCAUUUUCAUGAUACAUUUAACAGCAAUCAUUUUAAUGCUGUAAGAAGGACUGACAGUUUUAAUCUGACAAUUACGAAUGCCUUACAGUCAGAUUCAGGCACGUACUACUGUGCUUUCUCUUUUUCUAAUGUAAUUGAAUUUGGAAAUGGCACUCAUCUGGUUAUUAAAGGAGCGGAAUUCAGCAAACCAACUGGUCUAAAACUGUCCAAGACUGAAUUAGUUAAACCGGGGGUACAUACAUCUCUGCAAUGUUCAAUCCAGAAUGAGUUAGUGAGCGAGCACCGUCUUUACUGGUUCAAACACGGAUCGGGAGAAUCUCCUCCGGGAUUCAUCUAUGUUCAGGGAAACACGAGCGAUGGAUGUGUGAGGAGCUCGGCUGGGUGUCUUUCGCCGACCUGCGAGUACAGCCUCCCGGAGAAAACAUUCAGUCCCUCACAGACGGGGGUCUACUGUGCGCUGGCCUCAUGUGGAGAGGCUUUAUUUGGAAACGCUUCUAAACACAAUCCUGACAACUUUGAUCAUCUGAAUAUAUUAUUUUACAUUCAAAUCAGCCUUGCAGCACUGCUGCCAAUAAGUUUUGCCAUCAAUAUUCUACUUUGUUGUUUGCUGAAAAGGGGGAGAAAAACUCAGCAGAUACAAACUACUGAUGAUAAUGACGAUAAGAACAGUGAAAUGACUUACGCAGCUGUCCAGAUCUCCACUAAACACUCAAGAGUAAAGAGGGAGAGCCGUCCUGAGGACACGCUGUAUUCUGGUUUAGCAUGCCAUCAACAAAGCUGAAAACCGCGUUAUACUGCCGUAUUUGCAGUAACUUAUUUUAAUGCUUUGUCAACACACGUUUGCUUACAUUUUACUCAAAACAAAGUAUUCUUACCAAAGAAAAUCUAAUUUAUUUGGCAUUAGUGUAGCUACAUAAAACAGCAAAAGCACACUGUACAGUAAAGGUCCAGACAACGUUGUUAUUAAUACAUGUUAAAAAAUGUCAUAUGAUCUGCUCAGACUUUCCAAUGAGCAGCUAUUGUCCAGAAAUCAUGUAUUUUUGUACAUAUUUAAUAGUGUACACGUGUUAUAUGUGUGUAAAGUAGUAUAUGUAAAAAAGAGAGCAAUGCUUACUCGAGGAAAUAAAGAG